AUGGCUGCACCAGCAAUUGAGACGACGGCUGCGUCACUACAGCCCGAGGAACCGAUUAGGAUUCCUGCUCAUCUCGACGGUGUGGCAUAUCUUUACGGCCAUCCAUUGCUAAACUCACUCUCGCCGCCUCUUCACCAGACAGUCUACAAUGCAUUGGAUCUCAAUUGGCAACAGCUUCCUCUGUCGAGCGCAAAUCCCAAAUUCGUCGGCUCCUCCGUUACAAUGCCGCACAAAGUCGCCAUCAUGCCCCAUCUGGAUGAUUUGACAGAGCACGCCCGUCAAGCGGGCGCUUGUAACACGAUAUUCAUCCGCAAUGAUCCCACAACAGGCGCUCGCCAAUACGUCGGCACCAACACAGACUGUGACGGUAUUCGCGAAGCCUUGUUGCAAAACUCGCCUGAUCCAUCACGUUUCCGCGGCAGACCCGCCUUGAUCAUCGGCGGUGGUGGUACCGCUCGUACAGCGGUCUACGUGAUGCGUCGAUGGCUUGGAUCGAGCCGAAUAUAUAUUGUCAAUCGUGAUGCCGCCGAGGUAGCAACGAUCAUGGCCGAGGAUCGUGCACGCAAUCCAGAUCCAACCGCCCAAGCACCUCUCAUCCACGUCACUGACCCUGAAGAAGCCGCUCGCUUAGAAUGUCCUGCGGCCAUUGUCUCGGGAAUCCCAAACUACCCCCCAAAGACGCCCGAGGAGAUCAAUGCGCGAGCAGUUAUUCGGUCAUUCUUGGGCUCUGCAUCCGAGGCAUCUCAGCAAGAGGGGGUGAUCCUGGAGAUGUGCUAUCACCCGGUGCCAUGGACAGACAUUGCUCAGAUGGCAUCCACAGCUGGCUGGAAGGUGAUUCUGGGAUCGGAGGCUCUCAUCUGGCAGGGCUUGGAGCAAGCCCGUCUUUGGACUGGGAGGGAUGUUGUCGGCACACCCGGGGUGGUGGAUGCCGUCAAGGCUGUGGUGAAUGGGUCCGUCGCCGAGCGGGCAGCCCACUUGAAGAGGGCCUCUAGCGUGUUGUGA